AUGUCCACCACGUCCAAUGAGUUCAAGCUUCCUUCAAUACACAGCUUCCCACCAUUCUUCACACGACAACCGACCGAGCAAACAUGGGAAAGCCAAGUCGCUCAAUGGACCGAUCUCAUCAUGAGCUAUUGCCGCCACCAUCGUAUUUUUCGCAUCGACCUCCAUGAAGUUACUGUUCCUGGUGGUUCCAAGCUGUUUGAAAACGAGCAGAUAAAACGACGUCUAUCGUUUGAAACUUUACAAGAGAUCAUUGAUGAUAUGGUACAAAAAGGUAAUGCCGAGUGGGAAGGUGGUGCCAAGGGUACGAAAUCACAAGCAGUUAUCUAUUGGCGUAAACCGGAUGAUUGGGCGAACUUGAUAUGGACUUGGGUAAACCAAUCGGGUAUGAACAAUGACAUUUUGACCUUGCAUGAAAUUGCCCAUGGAGAUUUGGUAGAGGAUCAAGCAUUCUAUGAACUCGAUCCAUUCAUCCUAAACAAGGCAAUGAACAUUCUAGCCAAGCGUGGUGUGGCACAACUUUUCAAAGGAUCUUCGGAUGAUGAUAGCAUGGGUGUCAAGUUCUUUAGCUCAACUUAG